UCGGGCAGGACGUGCCGGCGCCUAUAAGAGCCAGAGCGCUGCAGCCGGAGCCUAUUGUUAGCCGGAGCCGGGGCGGUUCUGGGCGGCUGCUGCCAGGGGCGCCCGAGUUGCUGGAGCUGCCCGCCCUCCGCCUCCUGCCGGCCGACCUGCCCACCCGCCUUCCCUCCGCGCCCUGCCGCCCUGGGAACUCCCCGACCGUCGCCGCGGGCCUGGGAGUCGCUCUCUCCUCCUUCCUUCCCACCCGGGGUAGGGCGGCGGCGGCAGCGGGGGCGGCAGAGACCAUCACGGGAGGAGGCAGCUGCGGCGGGGCCGGUAAUGGGCCUGGGGGUGCGGGGCGGAGGGUGCCGCCUCGUCCUUUCUCGGGAUCGGCCCUCGGGCGGCUGUGGAGGAGUGGUCAACCCUGAGCCGCGCGGAUGGAGGGAAUCCUAAUGCACCUGGCUAACUGGUGGUGAGCAGGGGCUUUGGGGCCAACGUGGUGGGCUCCCCAAGAAAACCCCUUUGAAACCAAUGGAUGCAUUCACGGGCUCGGGUCUCAAGAGGAAGUUUGAUGAUGUGGAUGUGGGCUCCUCAGUUUCCAACUCAGAUGAUGAGAUCUCCAGCAGUGACAGUGCUGACAGCUGUGACAGCCUCAAUCCUCCCACAACUGCCAGCUUCACACCCACAUCCAUCCUGAAGCGGCAGAAGCAGUUGCGGAGGAAGAAUGUGCGCUUUGACCAGGUGACUGUAUACUACUUUGCCCGGCGCCAGGGCUUCACCAGUGUGCCCAGCCAGGGUGGUAGCUCUCUGGGCAUGGCCCAGCGCCAUAACUCUGUGCGCAGCUAUACGCUCUGUGAGUUUGCUCAAGAGCAGGAGGUGAAUCAUCGGGAGAUUCUUCGUGAGCACCUGAAGGAGGAGAAACUCCACGCCAAGAAGAUGAAGCUGACCAAGAAUGGGACAGUGGAGUCGGUGGAGGCUGAUGGCCUGACACUGGAUGAUGUUUCAGAUGAAGAUAUUGAUGUGGAAAAUGUGGAGGUGGAUGAUUACUUCUUCCUGCAGCCUCUACCCACUAAACGGCGACGGGCCCUGCUGAGGGCUUCUGGGGUCCACCGCAUUGAUGCUGAAGAGAAGCAAGAACUUCGAGCCAUCCGCCUGUCUCGGGAAGAGUGUGGUUGUGACUGUCGACUAUACUGUGACCCAGAAGCGUGUGCCUGUAGCCAAGCUGGGAUUAAAUGCCAGGUGGAUCGCAUGUCCUUUCCCUGUGGCUGCUCCCGUGAUGGCUGUGGGAACAUGGCUGGGCGCAUUGAAUUUAAUCCAAUCCGGGUCCGGACUCAUUACCUUCACACCAUUAUGAAGCUGGAGCUAGAAAGCAAGCGGCAGGUUAGCCGCCCGCCAGCCCCAGACGAGGAGCCCUCGCCCACUGCCAGCUGCAGCCUGACAGGAGCCCAGGGCUCUGAGACACAGGACUUCCAGGAGUUCAUUGCUGAGAACGAGACAGCAGUGAUGCACCUGCAGAGUGCAGAGGAACUGGAGCGGCUCAAGGCGGAGGAAGACUCCAGCGGCUCCAGCGCCAGCCUGGACUCCAGCAUUGAGAGCCUGGGUGUGUGCAUCCUGGAGGAGCCCCUGGCUGUUCCUGAAGAGCUGUGCCCAGGCCUGACAGCCCCCAUUCUCAUCCAGGCUCAGCUGCCCCCAGGCUCCUCUGUCUUAUGUUUUGCCGAGAACUCAGACCAUCCAACUGCCUCAGCAGUGAACAACCCAUCCUACUUGAACAGUGGGCCCCUGGUCUAUUAUCAGGUGGAGCAGAGGCCAGUCCUGGGGGUGAAAGGAGAGCCUAGUACAGAAGAAGUCCCACCCUCUUUCCCCAAGGAGAAGGACCUGAAUGUCUUCUCUCUCCCGGUUACCUCACUGGUGGCUUGUAGCCCCACAGACCCAGCUGCCCUCUGUAAAUCAGAGGGAGGGAAAACAUCUACUCUAGAAGCACUAGUGCCCGAAGACCCUGAGGAGCCCGAGAAUGAAGACUUCCGCCCCUCUUGGUCCCCCUCAAACCUCCCCUUCCGCACGGACAAUGAAGAGGGCUGUGUGGUGGAGAAGACCUCACAGCAGAGCGAGGACCAGCCCCCUGAGGAUUCUUCCCUAGAACUCCCUUUGGCAGUGUGACCCGGGGAUGGAGAAUCUGCCUCUUCCCCAUUCUCUAUUUAUUCCCUUAUUUUAUCUAACACCAUUUCAAAACAAAACUGUAGAAGCAGCUGCUGCUCCCAUGUUAUUUUACUGGGGUCUUUGGGGAAUGGGUGGGAAAGGAUUGUUUGUACAAGUAUUUUUUGAAGGGUGAACAGAAUCAAGGAGACCAGCCCCAGCUUGAUCUGGGGAUGGAGUCCUGGGCAGAGGAGGCUGCACAGUGCCGAACUCUGAGCUUUCUGGGCCAUUGGAACAAAGGAUGAGGAUCUCACAGGAGAAGCUGGGUAUCUAUGUAGGGACCAGAACACAACAAUUUGAACAGCGUGGCAAAGCCCCUUUUCCUCUCCUGGGCUCCAGGCAGGUAGAAGCUCAUUGUUCUCUGUGGUUACUCUGAUAUCCCAUUUUGGUGGAUCAUAAUAAUACGGUUGGAAAUGUCACCUGGUUGAAUCUAGAGGAAGGGAUAGAAGGGUUUCUGCUUCUGUACAAAACCUCCAGGAUUUAUCAAAAUUUAACCAUCCUUCCCCAGCCCCCUAUUUGAUAAAUAAGUUAAUAUUUGACAUGUUUGGUGUUUUCUGACCUAUUCCCCACACUGGGGAUUCCUGGUCUGUAACUUGAAUUGUUUCUUUCAUAUGUUCUUAGGUACUAGAGUUAAACUUGCCUAUUUGUCUUUUUUUUUUUUCCCUCCAUCCUUUUUCUUUUGAAGAAACAGAGCUAGAUUGGCUGGGGAUGUGGUACAAAGAGCCUGAGUCUUCUGUGUGUGUCAGGCAGCGUCAAGCUGGGGCUCACACAUCCACAGGAGGCGUGUUUGGAACAUUAACUGUUCAAAGGAGGCAGCAGGAACAGGCUGCUGUCUGGAAAGAAGAUGACUUUAUUUGUGCCAUGCUUGCUUUUUCAUACCCCCCCUCCCCCCCACUUUGGGAGAUUUGAGCUUUAAAGGAAAGUAGGAUGUGGCAAUCCAAGGUCACCCACUAGGUUUUGUUCUUUUCCCCUGUAUCUACCCUCGUGGUCCUUGGCUGUACAGGGUUAGAGGGUCCUUAUGUGAUUCCAGUUCACCCCCAAAAACUGCAGAUGUUUAUUGGACCCUCCAUCUUGAUAUAUAAAAAUUGGAAGUCAAACCAAUUCUUAAAUGCUACUACAACGCCCAGGUUCCAAAGAAUUCAAGUUCUGAUUAUAAGCUUGGAGGUCUACAGAGUGGGAUACCUACUUUAUCCGGGGGGAUACAGUUCCUGUUCCUCUUACGUCCAGCUUAUGUUCCAGGAUGUGCUCCACUGAACACCACUGAAUUCUUUUUAUUGGCAAAGUUAUCUCUGCCUCUGUUUUAACAUGGAGGCAGUCAGGAGCAAAACACUCUUGUUCUCUAGCAUCCUCUACACCAUGCUUCACUUCUGGUGUGGUUUAUUAACCAGGGAAAAACAAAGUGAAAACCUUUUUUUUUUUGAUGGGGGAGAUAACUGUUCCUACUUAUCUUGCUCAUAAAGCCUUGUAGGAUAUUAAGGUCCUAGUGUCUUAAUGCAAGCUUCAUGUAUGUCACAGCAGCAUUUCACCUAUAAAUCCCUAAACUGAGCCUGAAAGGCCUUGUACUUAACACAGGUACAUCUUUUAAUCCAUUCUGCCUCUCCUGUUAAUUCCCGUUUUUGCUUGGUUUUACUUUUUUGCAGGGGAGUUCUUAAUUAAGUACAUAGGUCCUUAACUCUCCCCAUCCUCUAGCCUCA